GCUGCAUCCUACUACUGCAACAAGAUGGGGUUCGAGGAGCUGGCGUACCGGGGGCUGGAGACCGGCAGCAGGGAGGUGGUCUCACACGCCAUCAAGCAGGACAAGAUCGUGUUUGUUCUCUCAUCCGCUCUCAACCCGGGGAAUGAGGAGAUGGGGGAGCACCUGGUGAAGCACGGUGAUGGGGUGAAGGACAUCGCCUUCGAAGUGGAAGACUGCGACUUCAUCGUGCAGAAAGCCAAGGAGCGCGGAGCCGUGGUGGUGAAGGAGCCCUGGGUGGAAGAAGACAAAUUCGGGAAGGUGAAGUUCGCGGUGAUCCAGACGUAUGGUGACACCACCCACACCUUGAUAGAAAAGCUCAACUACAAGGGCCUCUUCCUACCUGGGUACCACCCACCCCUCUUCAAGGACCCACUGCUGCCAAAGUUACCAAGUGCCAAGCUCAACUUCAUUGACCAUGUUGUGGGGAACCAGCCCGACCUCCAGAUGGUCCCAGUGGCGGACUGGUACCAGAAGAACCUGCUCUUCCACCGCUUCUGGUCAGUGGACGACAAGCAGCUGCACACCGAGUUCAGCGCCCUGCGCUCGAUCGUGGUCACCAACUACGAAGAGACCAUUAAGAUGCCCAUCAACGAGCCGGCGCCCGGCAGGAAGAAAUCCCAGAUUCAGGAGUAUGUCGACUAUUACGGAGGGGCCGGAGUCCAGCACAUCGCGCUGAACACCUCCGACAUCAUCUCGGCGAUCACCAACCUGAAGCAGCGGGGCAUGCAGUUCAUGGAAGUUCCAUCUAGCUACUACCAGAUGCUGCGGGAGAGGCUGAAAACUGCCAAAAUCAAAGUGAAGGAGAACAUCGACAAGCUGGCGGAACUAAAAAUCCUGGUGGAUUUUGAUGAGAAAGGCUACUUGCUCCAGAUCUUCACCAAACCAGUUCAAGACAGGCCCACGGUCUUUCUGGAGGUCAUCCAGCGGCAUAACCACCAGGGCUUCGGCGCUGGGAACUUCAAGUCUUUGUUUGAAGCAAUAGAAAUGGAUCAAGACGCAAGAGGAAACCUGACCAUCCUGGAGCCCAACGGGGAGACCAAGCGCAUCUAG